AGAUAGCAGGCCAGCGCUUUUUUGGCCACAUGUUCGUGGUGUUUUUUUUUUGGAAGUGGUACGCUAUGGAGGUGAAAGACUUGGUGUAUGGACGAUGGAGACUCGAGGGGUAAUUUUUGUCGAUAUACUGUCUAUGGAUAGACUUUUGGUCAUGGAGUAUGCUACCCAUGGCACUCUGCGUGACUAUGAAUCCAAAUAUGAAUCCAAAUAUGAAUCCAUUUGCCACGCGCAACUGUAUCGACUAGCUGAACAAAUGACGCCAGCCCUAUCUUACAUACACCGUGAGGGGACGACCCACAGAGACGUGAAACCCCUGAACAUUCUCAUUGUCUCGAAUGAUCCCGAUAUGACCUUUAAGCUGGCUGACUUUUCGGAUUCCCACUUGUCUAGCCGCUUGAAGUCGUUCUGCGGCAGCGAGUUAUAUCGAGCACCAAAGAUAGAUGGUGAAGGAUACUAUUCAGACACUAUCGAUAUAUGGUCUUUGGCGGUUGUGUUGAUUGAGAGAUGGUAUGACUGAUCUCCUGGCUUUGUCUAUCACCUUGGUAUCGAAGGCGACGAAUUCCUACCGGACACAGAACGACAAUCGGGAAACGACUAUGAUAGGCCAAGUUUGCGUGCGAAAGUGAAGUGGACGACGGAGAUGGUCGAGUUCGUCCGAACAGCAAUGAAACAGAGGAGCAACGACUCGAUGACUAAGCUGUGUCGAUGGUCAUCUGCAUACUGCAACUACUACCUGCCACUUCCAGAAAUCCGAAGCUUCGCUGAGCCUGCUGCGAUCACCCA